AUGCGAUUACGAUAACUGUUAGUGUUGCUAAUACGGCCAGGAAGUUACUAAAAUUGCAGCUACACCCAAGCAUUUUGAUUUCUAUACAGGUCGAAGUAAUGUGUCAAAAUGGGUACAAUCGAAUCUUAUUUAAAAGUCGUGAAUAACACCAACCAAGACAUCAUAGACACGUUAGUUUCCUCAUGCGAUGACCACGAUUGGGACGCAAAUUGCAGACCAGAUAAAAACUUUCAACAUCAAAAAAUCCCAGCGCAAGGCGGUUCAGUCUCUCAAAGACUUGAACUUAACAAAACCGCAAGUCACUGCCCUUUCAACAUGGUUUUAACCUUCGCUGAUGGUACGGCCGAUAAAUUUCGUAUUCAUCAAAAACAUGCCUUUGGGUGUUGUCCAGGUUUUAACCACAUGGAACGUGCCCACGAUAUUACUUACUCCGUUUCUAAUGAGAACAAACCAACACUCAUUAUCAAAAUUGCAAAUACGGAUCAACAGGCCCAGAAUGAGGAAGCCGAAGAGAAAAAUCGAGAAGGUGAAGUUGCUUUGGAAGCGAAGAACUAUGAAACUGCUAUUAAGAAGUUUGACGAAGCUUUGAAUUUGGCCACUCAAGAUUCAGUUAGCAGCAAAAUCAAAAGUAGCAAAAGUCAAGCUUUUAAUCAAUUUGGAGAGGAACUUUUACAAAAAGUUUGGGAUUUGGAAGCUGAUAUUACUGAAGAUAAGUCUCAAGAAAUUCAAGAUAAGUUAAACCAAGCGCUAAAGUUAUUCCAGGAUGCGGAAGCUUUAUCGAAUUCACCGAAAUAUCGGCAAAACUUGACUCUCGUUAGUUUGAAGAUUGAAGGCACUCGUAUUUUUAAUGAGGCGAACGAUCUGGAGAAAGAAGCAUUUGGAAUGUUUGACAAUGGCGGUGGUGACAGUGUCGCUGCGCGGAAUAACUACCAAGAGGCUUUGGUAAAAUUUCAAGAAGCGUUAAAGAAGUUUGAGGAAGCAAUGCAGCUUGAUCCAGACAAGUUUGAAGAUUGUGUGAGCAUUGCUAGAGGGCACAUUGAAGAGGUGAACAAAAUGAUUGAUGAUAUUGAGAGAGUUGGGUUGAAUGAUUUCAGUGGACAAGAAGCUGAAAAUGAUGAAAUGACAACAGAGGACGAAGACCGAAUUGAUGUGACUUUAAUUUAAAGGGGUACUGUUCUUAAAAAGUUACUUACCUGUCAUAUAUUUGUGUGUUGUUUUAAAUAGAAAAGAUAUAUACAUUCGAUAAACAUAUCUUAUCGGUCUAAUACGUCUAACACUUUGUUUUUGUCAAAAAAAUAAUUGUUUAAGUAAAUGAAAUAUAAAAUAGUUAAAUAACA